UUUUGAGCGAAGGUUUUACAUUCAUUCAUACAUGCAAACACUAUUGAAGCUACUGAUUCAAAUAGUUUAUGGGGUGCUGGCUGACUUAAAAUUCUUAUUUAAAAGUCAUGUGUUAUCCUUUGUCCUCCCCUUGAGCCGAGCUGUCACCAAUUUGCCCUGCAGUCAGCCUGGUCUGCCUUCAGAGGAAAUACUGCCUGAAGCUUACUCAGCCAACACUAAGAGUAACCAGGCUGCUCACACCCGCUAAGCAAACACAUACUGAGCCUUGCAUACUGCAUGGCUAUUCAAGUGUGAGACUUUAACUGUGGGAAAGUUGCAGUGUUUUAUAAACCAGGGCCAGCAGCAGGCAGUCUGUCAGCUCACAGACAUCCAGAUCCCAGUCAUGCCUGGCACCACAACAGGCAAAAAGCUCGAUCUCUCCAAGCUCACAGAUGAGGAGGCCAAGCAUAUUUGGGCAGUCGUCCAGCGAGACUUUGACCUGAGAAAGAAGGAGGAGGACAGACUUGGGGAGCUAAAGACCAAGAUCGAAAAAGAGGACACCAAGAGAGAGUUGUUGGGCAACCAGACCAGCCUGACUGAGUCAUACUGUAUUCGAUGUCUGCAGCCCUUCAAGUUCCUGGUCAACACCAAGCGGCAGUGUCUGGACUGCCAGCUCUACACCUGCAAGUCCUGCAGCCGCUACAACAAGAAGGAGGACGGCUGGGUGUGUGAUCCCUGUCACAUGGCCAGGGUCCUCAAGAUCGGUACUUUGGAGUGGUACCACGAAAACGUCCGUGCUCGCUUCAAGCGCUUCGGCAGUGCCAAGGUGAUGCGGUCGCUCUUCAAGAGGUUGAGCGGACAACACGGUGGUUCUCAGAAUGACCUCGACGAUGGAUAUGAGGAGCGCAGCAUGGAUGCAACAGAUUCACAGCACUACAAAGAGAUGAAAAAGGUCAAAAGGCGACUAAGUGUUGAUCCCUUUGAUUUCGAUCUGGGCUGUGACUACGAAUCAAGACGACAGUCAAAUCAGGCCCCAGUCUCGCAUCACAUCAUGGACGUGGAUGUGAGUGUGAGGGAGUCAGUCCUCGCUGAAGCCGAUGUGGCCUCCGUUUUCCACCAGAUUCUGGAGGAGCACCACAAAGGCCUGGACCUGGAAAUGGCUCCACAGCAAGAUGACCUUGCGUACCCAGACAACCGAACUGUUCCAUCUCGCUCCAUCUCCCGGCUCAGCUACUCCUCAGGGGGCAGUGGAAGUGCCUGGGGCCCCCGGUGCAGCAGCAGCAGCUAUCUGCCCGGCCCUGACGACUCAGAGGUGGAGGACGACCAGUGCCAGCCCUACCCACUUUACCAGUCCCACCUGGGCCCAUUCAGCCACACCUCCCAGGAGAGCCUGAACUCACCAAACCCUCCACCACAGAUCUCCGACCUGAACAGACGCGUGUCAGCCAUUGAGACCCUCUUGAACCACUUAGAGGAGAAGGUCACCUCAACAUCCGACCAGGCUCCCCCGACUCCAAACAGCUCCUCUCCUCUUCCCCAGUGGGAAGAGGUAGACUUAGAGGAGCAGCAGUUGAGGCAGAAGCUCCACGAGAUGACAGACAACAUCAGUGACCACAGCCUAUCAUCUGAUGAAGACGAGUCCAACAGGCCAGAGGAGGAUGCCAAGCCCUCCAGACUUCCUACCAGACUGGCAUCCAGAACAGGCAUCAUAGUGUCCAGACUGGAGGAGGAGCCUCAGCUGACUGACUCUGAGCAGGCAUAUCUUGCAUCAGACAGCCUGGAGAGACAGGGGCGCCCCCUAGAGGAGGAAUCAAAGGAAAGCUUGAGAGGCUCAACAGCCUUGCUGUUUGAGCUGGAGGACAAGGUAGCACAAGCAGCUGCAGACGUCCAGAACGCUGAGAGCGAGGUCUCUUACAUAGAGAACAGGAUUGCUGCCCUGAAUGCUGCCGGCAUGCCAGGGGAUAGAAGAAGAAGGUCUGCAAUCCCGAUCCAAGCAAGAAGACUUUCCCACAACUUUCCCACAAACCAGGCGGACAGGUUUGUGAGGAACUCGCUCUACAGGGGCUCCCUGACACAGAGGAACCCAGUGGCCAAGCCCAAGACCAGGGCUACCUCAGCGAAACCGGUGAUGACGCAGGACUCGUAAGGAGGAGGCUGAGCGCUUUGUGACUGACGAGUCUCCUUUCUUAUUAUGGUUUGUAAUAGACUGAAAUUUAGCUGGAAUGAAUUUUCGUCUGGUAUGGGAGCACCUCGAUGUGUGUUAAAAAUGUUUCCUUGUGAUAUUAUUGUGUUAAUUUACUGGGCUCGAUCCAUACUGUACCAUAUUUAUACGUAGUAUUAUGUUCUAGUAUAUUUUGGAGGAACUCAUGAUGUGCACUAACUUUGCCAGACCUGCUUCUCACUCAUAAUUUGAACUUGUAAGCAUGUUAAGUUAAUGCCUUCAGCUUAUUGUGUUAAAUUCAAAAUUUACAUUUGUUGUGGUCAUCUGAAAAUCUGUAGUUAUUAUUAUUAUUAUUGUUAUUAUUAAUGUUCACAUGGUACAAAAGGAAGUAAAAACUUUACAAAUUG